UGUAGCUCUUGCAACAUUCUGUGUACAAUAUCUUUCUUUUUUCUUUUUUUUUUUUCUAAAACAAUUUUUUCGCUUUCCACGUCUACCCAUUUACAAUAAUUAUAAUAAACACAUCAUGUUUCGUACAAUAUCUAUCGCGUUGUAAAUAUAUAUAUGUACAAUAUAUAAACAAUAUAAUAUAUAAUCAUCACGACAAUUACAAUUAUUAUUCAUCACAUCCGCUGCGGCACUUCGACCCCGUCAGCGCGACCGCCAUGUUACCGGAAUCUGGCUGUGAUGUGUGACAGAUAGCAACAAUGGCGGUGGGCACGUACUACUGAAGCCCACCCCCACCACAACCUGGAGCCCUUAACCCAGGCAUCGCUGGUGCUCACCAUGGCGGUCGCCAUCAUCCUCCUUAAUAUCCUCAUAAUCGCUACAUUCACCAACAUAAGAGGUGGAGGAGAGGUGAUGAAUGUAUACUUGGUGUCACUGGCUCUGGCCGACCUGCUCUACGGUGUGCUCGUAGUGCCAUUUUCCGUGUAUCCAGCACUAGUGCAACAAUGGGUUUAUGGAAAAAUUGCUUGUAGAAUAAUCGGAUAUAUCGAAGUUGCACUGUGGACCGUGUCUGCAUAUACACUUAUGUGGAUUAGUGUGGACAGGUACAUAGCAGUACGCAAACCAGUGCGGUACUUUACGGUACAGACGCGCACCAGGUGUCAGUGCUGGAUGGCGUUCACGUGGAUAUCGUCGGCGAUGUUGUGCAGUCCACCGCUGCUCGAGUUCGGUGAUCCGGUAUUCGACCAGGAUACGGCGGUGUGUAUGCUCGACUGGCAGGGAAUGGCGGCAUAUUCAGUGACGUUGUCCAUACUGGUAUUGGGGCCCAGUCUGAUCACUAUCCUGUACACGUACGUGUAUAUCUAUGGUGCGAUUAGACGGCUGCGGCGCGGCUUUCUAGCACACGACAAGGAAUACGUAACAGCGUUGUCUGAAAACUUAUCUAAUCCUACACACGUCACGUCAUUCGUGUUGAUCGUAACGUUUUGGAUUUGUUGGACCCCAUUGAUGUCCAUCAAAGCAUACCAGCAACUGGGUGGUGUACCGGCGGUGCCUGGCCAUGUCCGUUUCGCUGCCUUAUGGCUGGGAAUUUCCAACUCGGUGUGGAAGGCGUUUGUGCUCAUAUUUCUUAGCCCACAGUUCCGCGUUAUGCUCAGAUUGUUGUGUUUGACGGUAUUUUGCAAACGGAAAAGUCGCGCUGAACUUGAGUUACUACAACUCGACAUGGAAGAUCACUUCCUCUAAGUUAAGUAUUAUGUUGAUGUUUUUUUUUUUUAAUAAUCAUUAUUGUUGAACUUUGUUUUUGUUAUUAAUCGAAUGUUCUUCCCGAGAACAAUCAUUCGUCCAUUUGUUUACGUUUUAUUCAGAUAAAAAAAAAAAAAUUGUUUUAAACGAAAUCUAAUUUAUUAAAAUUGUCGUUGGUUGUAUACCCCCGAACUUAUGGAGACAUCCAUGAACUAGGAGAGUUUUCAAUAAUUUUAGUGUGUCGAUAGAGCCAGUAUAAUCAUACAUGUCAUACUAAAUGGUGUUUUUCGGAACAUUGUAGAAAAAAUUAUUUUUUAUAGACUGUUUUUAAAUUGUUUUGGAACAACUUGUAAAUUAGUAGAUCAUUAAAUCACGUAUGAAUAUAUAUUUUACAGGCAAAUAAAAUUGAUAUGUAUAAUAUACAUCAACAGAAAGAGUUGGGCAACAACUUAAAGAAAAAUAACAUUUACUUCUUAAAAAGUUUACAAAAUACAAAUCAUAUUAAAUUACAGGGCUUCCAAUCAAUAAUCUAAUUCAUAUAUAAGUUAUAAAAUUUAAUCAGUUAAAUAGAGAUUAAUAAUUUUCGAUAUUGAAUUAUUUGUUUUUAUCACAAAAUAAAAUAAAAUAGAUAUUUUUAUUUUUACGCCCAACUCUGAAAUCAUGGUACGACUUUUUAUCGUGGUUUCAAUUACCACCCUAUAAAAUAUGCCUACAAUUUUUAAAUCGCAUUGAUUCGUUUUGUCGAGGUUUAAAUGUAUGAAAAUAUAGGUGUAGUCUAAAUAAUAUGUAAACAAACGAAAUGCGUAUUUUAACAAUAAUCAC